GAGUACCUUUGGCUUGCAACAUUCACCAUACUGCGUUGGACAUGCAAAAUUGUGUGCACAUUGUUCAUAAUGAAUUACUGUUUUUCAGCCCUGUUUCUGUUCUUUGUAUAUCUUAAGAUUCUCUACUUAUUAUGCUUGCUCAUGCGCAGUAUCAUUCUCUUUGCAUCUGUUGUUGCAAUUCUUGGACUAGAAAUAUUGCUUGAGUCUGCUUGAGAACUAAUCUCAAAGAGGGAGUAGUUUAGAGAGAAGUACACAGGAAUAUCGCCACAACAAAUUGAUCGCUGCUGGAUACAUACGAGAUAUUGCAUUUGAACCACGACGUUGGGCUGCUCCAAGGAUACAUACGAUACCCACUUUUGAAAUAUGUAGAUGUACAAUGAAUGUAUAAAACUUAGCAAGCACAAAAACCCGCGGCAUUGCGUGGCAGUGAUUAACUAGUAUAUAUAAAGUACUAGCAGCAUGGGAACAGAAAAGAAGUGUACGUAACUUGAAGAGAUGGGAACAGGGUGCUCACGAUAUGAGGCCUCACAGUCACAGCAGCUGAGACCUGGAGAACCAAGUAACAAGAAGUACUGGGUUGACAAGAAGUCCAACAACAGCUUCAUGGUGUAUCCAAGGGAUCUCACAAUCAUUUGGGCUGAAGACAAACAGUACUGGCACUGGCCUUCCCUGGAAGAAACAAGUAAUGUCUUUAUCGAUGUCGCUGAACUGUUAAAGGUCUGCUGGCUUCAAGUUCAUGGAAAAAUUGAUUCCACAAAGCUGUCACCAGGAACCAUAUAUGAAGUAGUAUUUAUAGUGAUGUUGAAAGCUGCAGCUUAUGGAUGGAAAGUUCCUGUCAAUGUCAGCCUCACUCUCCCAGAUGGUAACAAGCAAGAACGUAAAGCUGAUCUGAAUAAAAUCCCUAGAGAACAAUGGACAGAGAUACCAGUAGGCGAGUUUAGAGCAUCAACAGGAUUACUUGGGAACAUUGAAUUUUCGAUGUAUGAAUAUGAAGAUGGGAAAUGGAAGAGUGGACUUCUGAUCAAGGGCGUUGCCGUUCGGCCUAAAAACUGAGAGGGUACUCAAAACUUUGCUUAUGAGCGGAGAGAGAGAAUGUUCUGAGUUUAUCAGCAAAACUUCUUAGUGGUUUGCAUAU